CCCGGGUCCGUCGGGCAGGGCGGCACUUCACACACGUGAUUCGCUAUUCUCGCGAGACCCGGGGCUCAGGUGGCUGCGCGGCAGGGACCGGGCAGUCUCCAGACUCGGUGGCGCACAGUCUACGGCGGCCGCAGGGGAAUCUUCUAUUCCGACCAUUUAACAGUUCAUCUAAGAAGAUGGCCUUUACAGAGUCCCUACGUUUACAUAAUAGGACUAUUAUGGGACCUCAUGGAAUCAAUCGAACUGUUCACCGCAUUACUUUUUCUGACUGUCAAAAUGGAUUAGGGGUUAAAAUUAUUGGAGGUUAUCGGGAGCAAACUGAAGAAGACUAUGGAAUUUUCAUAAAGAAAAUUUUGCCAGGAGGGAUGGCUGCCAUAGAUAGCCGAUUGCUCACUGGCGACCUAAUUUUAGAUGUCAAUGGAGAAAACUUAGUUGGUGUAACCAGUGAAAGAGCUGUUGACAUUUUGCGAAUGGCAUCAGCGACUAAUCACAUGUCUUUGCUGAUUACUAGAGAUGAAGAAGCAAAGAAAGAAUUUCUAGACCUGAUGGAUAAAUAUGGAUCAUGCAGUAACACAGGCUCUGGAAGAUGUUCACCAACACAAGUGCUAGCUGGAAAACCUGUUGACAGCCUUUCUUCUGGAUCAUCCUCAAGGUCACAAAGUCCUCAGCUUCUACGUCCAAAGGAGAUUGUCAUCAGCUACAAUGGAAAUAAUUCUGUUACCACAACAUCCCCGCAACUCUCAAAUGAUAGUGCAUUUCAGAUUAUCACUGUUUCCAAGGGAACAGGCCUGGGUUUGAACAUUGUGGGAGGAAUUAACAGAAAUGAAGGUCCCUUGGUAUAUAUCCAAGAAGUUAUCCCUGGAGGUGACUGUCAUAAGGAUGGACGACUCAAGCCUGGAGACCAGCUUGUAUCCAUAAACAAGGAGUCAAUGAUUGGAGUCUCCUAUGAAGAAGCAAAAAGUAUAAUCAACAGAACAAAGCUGAGAUCUGAAUCUGCCUGGGAGAUCGCUUUUAUCAGACAAAGAGUUUUUCCCAGUUACUUUGAAAAUCCUCAAAGUCCUGGCAGUCUCUUGACAUCUGCUGGAUGUGGACAGCAACAGACACUACUCGCAUUUAAUCUUCUUUCACCGCCUAAUGAGAAUCUGACUUCAAAGGUGUCCACACCCUACACUAUGAAAACAGGAUUCAAGAAAAGAGAACAAUCUCCAAUUACUUCUGCAGACAGCAGCCCUGCUAAUGUGUCUGCUACUGCUGUUGCUUACAACUGGACUGAAAAUUAUGGACCUCAAGAAAGGAAGAUUUCUCUGAACCCCACUGUUCGUCUCAAAGCAGAGAAACUGGAGAUGGCAUUAAAUUAUCUUGGGAUUCAGCCCACAGACGAACAGCAGCGAGUCCUGAGGCACCAACUACAGAAAGAUUCUAAAGGGACAGUGUCUUUUGGAGAUUUUGUUCAGGUUGCAAGAAAUCUGUUCUGUUUGCAGUUGGAUGAAGCAGGUGGUGGCCAAAGACCUAUAACAUUUGGUGCCAGUGAAAUUGCCAAUUUAUUAGAUUCACAGCUUGUAUCCUGUGAUUCUUUGGAAAUGGAUGAUGUGGAAAGACUUAAAAGAGAAAGAAAUGAAGCUUUAAAAGAAAUAAGUAAAUUGAAGGAAGAAUUAUCUGAAUCUGUAGGUCUACGAAAGCAGUUAACAGAGGAGCUACAAACUGUUAAACAAGAAGCCAAGGCAGCAGUGGAAGAGGCAAGAGCCCUGCGAAGUAGGAUUCAUCUUGCAGAAGCUGCACAGAGGCAGGCUCGUGGAAUGGAGAUGGAUUAUGAAGAAAUAAUCCGCCUAUUAGAGGCUGAAAUUACAGAGCUGAAGGCUCAGCUCACUGAUCAUUCUGGCCAAAAUAAAGAUAGUGUUCAAGAUUUAAGAAAGAGAAUUACUGUGCUUGACUGCCAGCUGCGGAAAUCAGAAUCGGCUAGGAAAACCUUUGAGGUGGCCACUGCAAAACUGCUGCAGUUUGUAGAGGUUGUGCAUGAAGUACUAGCAGACAACUCCAUCCCCUUGUCAAAUUUAAGUGACCAAAGAGGCACAUUAUCUACCAAAACACUCCUGGCACGACUGGGGAGGAAUGGACGUACUGUCACAGCAACCCUUGCAGCAGAAGCCAAAGAUCUUACUAAAUCUGUCCGUGCCAUUCUGGAAGUAGAUUGCUUACCUUAUGGAUGGGAAGAAGCUUACACAGCAGAUGGAAUCAAGUACUUUAUCAACCAUGUAACACAGACGACAUCAUGGAUCCAUCCAGUGACCAGUGCACUGAACUUGUCCUGCUCCGAGGAGAAUGAGGAAGACCACACCAGAGAGCUUCCAGACCCCAAAAGCUGAGACUGGCCAGUGGUGGAGAGUAGUUUCAGUCUCAUUUCUGCACCAGAAUAAGAAGAUGUACACCUUCCAAUAGUUGAAUGUAAUAGCGCCUGAUCUUACGCCCACUGACGUCAAUAGGAGCUUUGCCACUGAUUUAGGUAGGAUCAUUUUCAAGGCUGAAGUUCACCCUGGCAAAAUUUCCACUUAAAACCUUAAGAACUUAGGUGGUGCACAGGACCUGGAUAAGUCCUGUGCACAGGGGUCACUCUCAUCCUCGUACCUUAGGAUUUGAUCCUGACCUUUCACCAUUUAUACACUGGUAUAACUUCAUUGGCUGGAAUGGAGUUAAUCCUGCUCCUAGUAUGAGAACAGAAUUGGGCCUAGUGGGUGUAAUUCUCACAGUGGCUUCAAGCUGCUUGUAGAGCCAUAACGUACAAGCUGAGCUUUUUUACCAGUGCUAGUAGUUGUAAUAGAGAUGCCUUUUCUGUAAUUACUGAGUUAGUCUAUUUUUAUAGCAGAAACGUUCAGUGUAUUUUGCUAGCAAAAGUUUAUGACAAUUUGUUAUAAGUAUUGCAGCCUAGAUGACUUUUUUACAACUAUUUUAAGAUGAAUGAUUAGGCCUUAGGAAGACACGGCCUUGAUGAGUUGUCAAGUAUAAAGACACAAUUUUGGUUGAGAAAGCCAUACUCUGUCAGCAUAAUCAUGCAAUGAAGAUGAUUUCCCUUUUGUACUUUGCUAAACCUAUAGACACAUGCAAAUAUUUCAGUAGAAGCUGUGAAGUUUCAAGUACGAUGAAACCUGUGAAAGCACCUCUGGGAUCAGCAGAAUUCGGUCACCUCCUAGAAGUAGGUCUUUACGUAGAUGCAAAACAAAAUCAUCUGGAGACCUUGAGGAUGUUUUAAAGGGGUUACUCAAAAUGAGGCGCUGCUGAGGCCCUACAAACAGGUUUCACUGUGCAUCAGCAGCAUGCGAUAUUUAAGAUAAUGUUACACUCAGCACAAAAGCUGACUUCUGCUUUGAGUGCCUGAUUCUACAAUAGGUCACUUUUCUUUUUUUUAUCUGUGACGGUGACAGGUAUUGACCAAUGAAUGAAAUAAGGAACACUAGAAGCACUGAUGAAUAUGCCAAAGAAAAACAGUGGUUCAGACCUUUAGGAC